AUGAAGCAAAAUAGAGUAAACGAAAAAGUUGAGACCCAGCCUCCUCCAGAUGCUGAUAAAGGAAAAAAGAGACGAAAGACCAGCUUGACUCCAACCAGUGAGACUUUGAGUGCACGUCAUGUAGAUUGGGGAAAUCUACACUACGAUGUGAUCCUGCACAUUUUUCAGUACCUACCAUUGGUGGAUCGGGCUUACGCAUCAUCAGUAUGUAGAACGUGGAAUGAAGUCUUUCACAUGCCUGAGCUGUGGCGACGAUUUGAGUUUGAACUGAGCCAGCCAGCCACAUCCUAUCUGAAAUCAACCCACCCAGAUCUGAUCCAACAGAUAAUAAAAAAGCAUGCAGAUCAUCUGCAGUACGUUAGCUUUAAGGUUGACAGUAGUACUGAGUCUGCAGAAGCAGCCUGUGAUAUUCUUUCACAAUUGGUCAACUGUUCCAUAAAGACCUUGGGGCUGAUCUCUACAGCAAGACCUAGUUUCAUGAACUUGUCAAAGUCGCGUUUUGUGUCAGCCCUGACUGUGGUGUUUGUGAACUCAAAAUCACUGUCAUCGAUCAAGAUUGAUGACACACCAGUGGAUGAUCCAUCUCUUAAGGUUUUGGUGGCAAAUAACAGUGACACUCUGAAAUUGUUGAAAAUGAGCAGUUGUCCUCAUGUCUCACCUGCAGGUAUUCUUUGUGUAGCAGAUCAGUGUUAUGGCCUCAGAGAGUUGGCACUGAACUAUUACCUUCUGAGUGAUGAGUUGUUGUUGGCUUUAUCCAGCGAGAAGCAUGUUCAUCUGGAACAUCUUCGCAUUGAUGUGGUCAGUGAGAACCCUGGACAGACACAGUUCCACAGUAUCAAAAAGAGUAGCUGGGAUGCUCUUGUGAACCAUUCUCCAAAAGUCAACAUUGUCAUGUAUUUCUUUCUAUAUGAAGAAGAAUUUGACCCAUUUUUCCGUGAUGAAACUCCAGUCACACACAUCUAUUUUGGUCGUGCAGUCAGUAAAGAACUGUUGGGUCGUAUUGGAAUGAACUGCCCAAGACUGAUCGAACUGGUAGUCUGUGCAAAUGGUCUUCAGCCUCUGGAUGAUGAAUUGAUUUGCAUUGCAGAACGUUGCAAAAAUCUAACUGCAAUGGGUCUGGGUGAAUGUGAGGUUUCAUGCAGUGCAUUUGUGGAGUUUGUGAAAAUGUGUGGAGGGCGGCUGACUCAGCUGUCCAUUAUGGAGGAGGUACUAAUACCAGAUCAGAAAUAUAACUUGGAGCAAAUCCACUGGGAAGUUUCCAAGUAUCUGGGAAGAGUAUGGUUCCCAGAUAUGAUGCCCACCUGGUAGAUUGUUUUGCGGAUUAAUUAAAUUAUGAGAAUGAGGAGCACAGCAAGAUUGAAGGGGUAGUUCAUAAUGAUUUUAACAAUGAGUAAAGCAUGCAGAUUAUGGUAAACCAUAAUACAGACUUAAAAUUAACACAACUAAACAUUUACAAAAUCUAAUGUUUAUUUGAAUGCACUUUUACAUCCAACUUGUCAGGAAUCAAAUAUUAACUACACUAAUUGUUACUGUAAAUAUAAUUGCAUACAAGUUGUAUCUUGACAUUUCAAAGCAUGAAGUAUUGGCUUCUUUUUACCUAAUUGCGUCUGGGUUCUUCUUAUGGACUAGACUGACUGAGUAAAGAUUGUUACUGAAGAAUGCACAUUUUCACUAAUCAUAGAAGCAAAUUGAAUAUUGUAUAGUAAUCAAAUGUAGCGCAAGAGGGAGAAUGAGCUUCAACAAACUGAUAACUAAAUGAACUAUUAUUAAUUUCUAACAGGUAUCCAAUAAAUCUCCUUUUUAAAUAUAUAGAGGUUUCACAUGAAGCUGGGUGAUCUUUAACUGGAUUGACCUGCCAGAGGGGAGGGCUUAGAUUGCAAGGAAUCACAGCAGGGAUCCAGCUGGGAGGUUGAGGUCCGGAGAGGAAAGAGUGGUGGUUAGAGGCCUCAUGUACAGAGUGUUGGGAUCCUGAGUUUGGGAGGGUAGUGGGUGCAGUUUUGGAUGUGUUUGUCAAAAGCCUCAGUAACGAUAGGCUGGUGCAAGAGGAAGACACCACAGUACAGCCAUAUGCCUUGUAAGGGAGUUUGAAGGACUGAGCAAAGUAUUAGGUGGUGUUGCAUGUGAGAAUUCAGCAAUCUUGUUUAGGGUGGAGUGGUCAGUGUCGUCCUUUGGGGAGGGGUCGUAUAUUCAGAGACUUGAGUGGGGUUUGGGGGCCUGGGAAAAGCUGAGAAAUUGGAGAGCAUUUAGAAGGAUUGUGGUGAGGGUGGGUAGAUUGACAAGCAUAUUGAAUCCUGCAGGUAGGUGCAAAGGUCUUUUCAUUUCCUGAUCCAGCAGUCCCUCACCAGAGUUUAGCUGAUUGGUUUUCCACACUUAACCCAUGAGGCAUGCAAUUAAUACCAUCCCCUCACUCUUGAUGCCCAACUCCAAUCAAGCCCUUUCAUUUAUAAUGCGAACUUUAAAUAAAAUUUAACCAUGUAUCAUCGAAACCUGCCAGCUUUUAGGAAUUUAAGACUCCUUUCAAUGAAGUAGAUAGGUUUUGUCCAAGUCUACUUGGGAUGGCUGAGAUAUAAUGAUUCUUUUAAUUCUCCACAGCAUUAUUUCAAGCUGUGUGUUUGCAUAUAAGCAAUAGUAUACUUAGUAAAACGUACUAGAUGAUACAAAAAGGAAACCAAUCUGAAGAACUAAAACUCUAUUGUAUUUUGGAAAAUGUGCACUAGAUAUCUUCUUCAGACUGAGUAUCCUGAAAUAACUGGUUGAGUUUAUAUAUUUUAAGCUAGAGAGCAAUUUUUAAAAAGAAUUCGAGAUGAGCAUUGUCCUAUUGUGGAAUCUUAGUUAUGUUGUUGCGUGCUAAACAUGUCAGUUAAACCUUGAGGUGAUUUGUAUCCUGGUUUCAACUUCAAAAUAAACUGCAGUGUUUACAAAGAUUACCUUUAGACAACUUUUAGUAUAUUGACUUUUGGUGCAAAUAUCCAAAAUUGGAAAUAUUGUUCACCUGAGUUGAACAACCCUAUUUACAUGUGUUGAAUAGUUAUGUGCUAAGUUGAUAUUAUCUUGCAUGCCUAUAAACCUGGUAAAUAUCUGGAUUUCAGCUCCAUCGUAAGAAUGCAAUUUGGAAGUGUAUAGAAACCGAUAAAUAACUUAGUGGGUGAAAUAGAAAUCAGUCAUUUCUGUGGGGCAGCACCAAAGUUGUAAUGCCUGCAGUUGCUAUAUGUUGGAGUUUUGAUUUAAAGUAACUACAGUGUAGUUGACAACUAUUACUAAAUGCUGUGGCACCUGAUAUGAAAAUUGAUUCAAAUAAGAUGAUUAAACUGAACUUUGAAAACAUUAUAUGAAAACAAAACAUUUAGGAAUUGAUUUGUAAUAAGAUGUUUUAAUUUUUUUUUGGAGCUGGCAAAUUUGUUGUUUCCUGUUUGCAAGAAUCUAUCUCAAAUUUUACUCCAAAGUAAAUCUGAUAGUUUAAUUACUUCCCUGCAUACCCACUACCCUCCAGCACAAAACAGAUAUUAGUAACCUAUUUAAAAUUCAGUGUGUCUAGGACAUGUAAUAUUGAUGCUGGUCCAGUUUAAAUGAAUGCCUGAUUCAUGGCAUCAAUGACUUUUCAACUUGUUGUAUCUCUGGCCAAUAAUAGUUUAAAUUUGGUACAGUUCACAUUCGUGGACUUGCUGGAAUUUGAAAAGUUGGAGCCAGACUGCUGUACAGAACAUUAAAAUAUUAGUUCUGAUGUAAGAUCAUGACCUGUUUUUAUUAAAAUAGCAAGUACAUCAUACCCAGUUACAGUGGUGCAGUGAAGUCUGUAUAAUGAUGUAGGUUCCACAAGUGACUUGGAUUUUUUGUCAAUUCAACUUUUAUUCUCUGUGUUUCAGAAGCACAACAGUAAGCUUUAAAGAAUUGUACAUAAAAUCAUUGUUUAUUGAUGUUGAGGCACAAAGAAUUUUAUGUGCUACAAGAGCAAAGUUGAAGAUGUUGUAAUACUGCUGAUUGUGAAGAAUGAAUCAGCAGUUUUACAAUAUACAUAAAAUUAAUUUCCUAAUUGAUUUAUUACGCACUAAAAGCGGCAUAUUUUUUCUCACAGUUAGGCUUUCCAUUUCUUUUGUAAUGUGGAUGAACCCUUGUUUCUGAUUGUUACUGUGCAGGAAGGCUUAACUUUGAUUUGAAAAUCCCAUUCCUAAAGACAUUUUUGGAAAUUAUAGAAAACAAAAAUAAUUUAAGUGACUUUACAUUCAGAUCCAUUUUUCAAAAAACAAGAUGUAUUCAGUACCAAAUAGUUCUGUUGGUGAUCUAGAUGCGUUUAGACGUCUAGAUUAACAAUAAAGCAUUUUCUUGAAAGUUGUAAUGUUUAUACUUUUGGUCAUCAAGUCUUACAAAGCAUAUUUUAUGUAUUUUCUUACUGUGAUAUAAAGUUCGGAUAUUUAAAGGUGAAUGUUUUUACUGUGCAGUUGUUUGCUACAGGUAACCAAACACACAUUAGAAAUUUAGAGUACUCAAGAUCAUUAAAGAAAAUUUGUUGUUCCA